GGGGUGGGUGCCUGGUGGGAGCCUGGCGGUCCGGGCAUCCCCCCGGCGCGGGGGUCCCCCCGGGGUAAAGCCGCGGGGUGCGCCCAUCCCCUCGCCGUCCUGUGGGGCCAAAGCCAAACCCCCGCCCUGUGCCCGGCUCGCACCGCCCGGUGACAGGGGCGAUUUGCUGCUCCGACACACCCAGGAGUCCUCCACGCUGGGAAGGAAUCCUCCAGCCUGUGCCUCGUGGAAGGCAGUUUGUGGCAGGGGGACAUCUCCAGGUCCAUCCCCAGCCGUGGAGGAUCCAUCCCCGCUUCCACGCCCUCUCGCCUUCGCGUCAGGCUGGCACAGUGGAUCCUUUCCCGGCUGGUCCAGCCUUAGGGGGGUUCCCACUACGGAUGGGCUGAGGUCUGACAGGAGCACCCCGGCAUCCCGCUGUCCUCCCCGAGCUAGCACUGGGAGCACGGAGAGGGGCUGUGUGUCCGGGGUAACGGGGGUGCAGGGGAGGGCAGGCGGGAUGUGACUUCCAGGACGAGAGCAAAUAGCCUCAAGUUGAGGCUCCCCUCAGGAGUGGGUUAGAUUGGAUAUUGGGAAAAAUAUCUUCACGGAAAGGGUGGUCAGGCACUGGAACAGGCUGGCCGGGGCAGUGGUGGAGUCGCCGUGCCUGGAGGUGUUCGAAAGACGUGUGGAUGUGUCACUCGAGAACCUGGUUUAGUGGUGGGUUUGUCAGUGCUGGGUUAACGGUUGGACUCGAUGAUCUCAGAGCGCUUUUCCGACCUAAACGAUCCUAUGGUCUCCACUCCCGAGCCCUGCGGCUGUCGCGGUGCCUUCCCGUGUCCCCCCCCUCCCCUCCGCCCCCCGUUCCUGACGUCCUGAGCGCGGCUGCGGGAACACAAUGGGGCCCUGAGGAGCGCGGCUGCUCCGGCUGAGGAAACGGCUGCCGGCUUCCUCCGCAGCCCUGCCCUGGCCCCCGCAGCUCCACACAGCCCGGACACCAUGGGCAUGUCUGCGGAGGACGAGCGCGCCGCCAGCCCCAGAGACGAGGAGUGGCCGGAAGCAGAGAAGGCUGAGAAGCUGGCGAGAGGAGCUGCUCUGAAAUGGGCUUCAGGGGUGUUUUACCGCCCUGAGAAAUUGGAGGGGCUUGGGCAUUACCGGAGCCGAGAGACACAGAGGAACAGCUCCAUCCAGUCCCGGCUGAAGUCAACUGUCCAGUCCUACCUGGAGGGGGUGAGUGCUGGGCUGGAGCAGCUGCGGUCGGCGGCGCAGGAGGUGCAGAGCGUGUGCCAGGACCUGGGGGCUGCGCGCUGGGCCCUGCUGGACAGCGCUGACCACUUCCAGGGCCUGCAGCAGAUGAGGGCGCUGGUGGAGGAGCAUGUCCAGCUGGCCUCUGUGGUCCAGGUGCUGCCACAGAUCUUCUCGGUGCAGGAGGUUUUUUCCCAUACCCUGCAGCUGCUGCACGGGCAGCGCCUGCUGGAGGCCCACGCGGAGCUCAUGAUGGUGGAGCACCUCCGGGAUGACAUCCUCUCCCAGCUUCACCUCCGCGGGCUCUCCAGCGCCCAGACGACCGUGCUGUCCUACUUCAGCGGCCUGCAGCAGCUCAACGAGACCCUGGCCAAGCAGCUGUGGGACAUCGUGGGCAGCAGCCUGCGGCUGGUGCGGGAGGACCCCGUCCUGUUUGUCACCGCUGUAAGGAUCAUCGAGCGGGAGGAGAAAAUAGAUGAUACUCUGCUCCUGGAGGCCACCUUCCUGCCCCCUGGCCGCCCAAAGGGCUGGAGGCAGAAGUUCUACCACGUCCUCCAGGACACCAUCAGAGGGGCCCGAUUUCGUGCUGCUCACGUGGACGCUGAGGGGCCGGGGCUGGCCAGGCACCUGGCAGCGCUGCAGAAGGACAUCGUGUCUGAGCUGCGUGUGGUGAAGGACCUGAUGGUCCAGUGCGUCCCUGCUCACUACAACAUCCUCAGUGUCUGCACUACCACCUACCACCAGGCCCUCACCAGCCAUCUCCAGGAGAUCCUCCGGGAGGACCUGGACAAACAGGGGCUCUUCCUCCUCCUCGAAUGGGCGCUCCAUGUGUACCACAGCCCAGAGAUGAUGGGUCACCCUGACCUUCUCCCAGAAGUGGAUGUUUCUGCUCUGGGUCCCUUGAUGUCCCCUGAGCUUGUGGAUCAGACAGAGAGGAGAUAUGUGGUGAAAGUCAAGGCCAGCGUGCUAGAGUGGAUGCAGAGGACCCUGGAGGUGGAGUUCAAGGAAUGGUUCAGGGAAGAGGAACCCGAGACAGACCACCAGGGAUUCUUCCAGUCAGCCCUGCCUGUCAUUGUCAUGCAGAUGCUGAAUGAGAACAUCCAGGUAGCUUCCUUGAUCAAUGACUCUCUGCAGCAGAAGGUUUACAACAUGGCCUUGGAGGAGCUCGAGGCAUUUCUGGGCCGCCUGCGGGAAGCCCUGGUGCAGUGCGGGAAGGAGCACCAGCAGGACCGGGCCGUGCCCAAGUACUAUGUCUCCUACCUCCUGGCCAUGCUCAACAACAACCUGGCUCUCAGCAACUCUGUCUCCUCCCUGCACCCCGACACUGCCCACAGAGAAGUCCCUGCAUCCCUCCGGGCUGCUCUAGACAGGAUGCAGAAGAAAGCCUGCCAGCUGCUGCUGGAGGAGCUGCUCCUGGACCUGCAGCCCCUCUGCUUGCAGCUGCCCUCCCGCAAGUGGCUCUCCGGGUCCCAGCUCGUCGGCAGCAUGUGUGAAGUGAUUGACAAGUAUGCAAAGCACUUCUCCCGCGUCAGGAAACCCAUCUUCACGCUCCUGCUGAUGGAGAGCGAGCUCCUGGUGGCCAGCCAGUACCUGCGGGCACUCAUGCAGAGGAGGAUGGUGUGCAAGAGCGAGGAGGAGCGGGGCCAGCUCUGUGACCGCCUGCUGCAGGACACCACACAGCUCCGGGAGCUCUUCUGUGGCCUGGGCCUGGAUCAGAGCCAGCAGAGCCUGGAGGCCGUCUCUGCUCUGCGGGAGCUGAUCUGCCUCAAAGACCCAGCACUACUCAGCCUGGAGGUGCUGGGCUUCAUCACCAAGUACCCUGAUGCCAGCGACGAGCACAUCUCCACCUUGCUGGACCUCCGGGGUGACGUCUCCAAGGAAGUGCGGCACGUGGUGCUGGAAAUGAUGGCUCAGCACCCCCAGGUCCUGCCCGAGGGCUACCGGCCCAUCUUCAGCACCAUCCUGGUGCCUGUGCCAGAGCUGCCCUUCUGCCUUCGCAAGGGCAAGUGUGCCUGACACUGCCCCUCAGCCAGCUCCCUCUGCCCACUGCCCCGGCAUAGGGAUGGACCACGGGGGCAUCUCUGCAGCUGAACGGAGGUGACACGUGGCAUCCCCUGCAUGCAGCACCUUGUCCUGCGUUGGGGACAGUCUGGAUAUGUGCCAUCCUCCUCUGGUCUUCCCUCACUGAGCAGACUGUCCCAAGCACCAGUGCUGGGAUACCUGGAUCAGGGGAAAUCCAUCCUGUAGCUGUUUUGCUGGCCUGCUGGGACAGUGACUGAGGGCUGCUCAGGCCUAGCCCGUUGCCUGCAGGAGGAAGAGAUGUUGCAGAGCAGAUAAGAGUUUGCAGCUGGGGCAAAUCCAUGUCUCCAUGGGGCUGUAGGGAUGUUUGGGUUUCUCCAAGUCUCCAGACAGCUCCCUGAGGCAGCAGGUCCAGGCCAUGGAGCCUGCUACCAUCCCAGCUUCCAGACAGACUGGAGUCUUAUCAGCUGGCAGGAGGGUUUUAGGCACAGGAGGUCCUCUGGGCUCAGCCCCGAGGUCAGGUGUUGCUACUCCAGCCUGGGCCCUGCAUGGCUGGUGGAGAGCAGCUCAGCCAGCUCAUCGUGGCUCAUGGGCACGGAGAAGGGCACCAGGUGGUCUCCCUGCCCUGGGCAGUGCCAUCAGCUCUGAGUUCCUGCUCACCUGCCAGACUUCCUGGCUCUGGCUCGUUUGCCAAUGUCCAAAACAGGACUGGAGUCCAAGGCUCUCCACCUGCUGUGUCUGCUGUGUCGAGCAUCCUCCUGCUCCAAGGUUCCUCCAUGAUGAGCAGCAAUGCCCUGAGCACUGGCUCUCCCUCCAUCCUCUGCUGCUGCCUGGCCCUUGGCUGUCUCCUCCCCAGGUGCCAUGAGAAGAUCAGGAGCAGCCUGUGUCUCUGCCUACAUCCUUGUGCCCAGCCCCUGCAGCACCCUGGGAGACUUCCACACUCUGCCACGCUUCCUGCCCUGGGGUGGGCUGCAUCCUGCUGUCCUUGUGUGGCACCACUGCUGGAAAUAAAGGCCUGAACUGUG